ACAAAUCAAGCGUUCAAUCGAAAUUGAGACCAUCGUUCAGUCCUACCAGAUAGUACUUUGUCCCCCUCUUCGAUAUGUCAAUAAUAAUGUUCAGGCAGCAUAAAUUGAGCGUCUCAAAUCCGUCCUGCUAGUGUAAGAGGUAGAACAGGUUUGUUGAUAUCUACUACUGAUGAACACAAAGUUUGUUUGUGCGAAGUUCGUUUACCUAUGUGAUGUGUUAAUUAGCUUACCCCUAGAGCAGUAGCUUGCGGAAGUCAACAAUCGUGGAGAGACUUCUAGAAUGAGGAAUGAUCACAGAUAACUAAGGAUGGAUCCUGGAGCAACAAUAAACAGAAAGCCGAAUCCGAAGGACAAGGCAGGGUUCUUUUCUUUGGCAUCAUUGGGGUACAUUGCGCCACUAUUAUGGCAAGGUUAUCGCAAAGACCUGAACGAAGGCGACAUCUACCGGGUGACUAAGGAUCUUGAAUCCAAGAGGAUCACGGAUAAACUGGAAAAACAUUGGGAGCUGCUGAAAUUCAACAAGAAAAAACCGACGCUUGUGAGGCUCCUUUUUAGUUGCUAUGGAAAGAGAUACUUCUGUUUAGGAUUGAUUCAACUGGUCAUGGAGUUCGCAUCAAGCAUUUUGAGACCUCACGCCGUUGCAAAACUUGUAGAGUACUUCGUACCCGGACAAACCGUGAUCUCAAAGGAUGAAGCCCACUUCUACGCCAUGUUCAUUCUUGGUAUAAUGGUAACCAUGUCCUUUUACGACACUCAUAUUGGCCUGGCGAAAUCUGUGUUGGCUCUGGAGAUGCGUAUGGCCUUUUCAUCCCUGGUUUACCGGAAAGCCUUAAAAUUACACCCUUCCGUCCUCUCAGAAAUGUCCACCGGAAAGAUAGUCACACUAAUCACCAAAGAUCUGCAAGCCAUCGAUUCUGCCGUUCAUUUCGCCAACGAUUGUUGGGUUGAGGUGCUGAUAGGGAUGUUCAUCGCCUACCUGAUUUACCAAAAGGUUGGUUUAGCGGCGUUGGUGAUUUUGGUGUCAUUCAUCAUCGUGUUUCCCUUACAAGGAACACUGGGAUUCUGCGUUUUCAAAAAGAGAAGAGUAGCUAACAAAAGAUCUGACGAAAGAAUACAGUUCACCCAAGAGAUCUUGUCAGUGAUACGAAUCAUCAAAAUGUACACUUGGGAAAAAUUUUUCACAGAUAAAUUGAUUGAUGCUCGUAAGAAAGAAGUGAAUAGCAUCCGGACUUUGAUGAUUUUCAAACAAGGAGGUAUUUUCAUGGGGGAACUGAUGGGAAAACUGGGUUAUAAUCUGCUUCUUAUCGUAUAUCUACUCCUUGGACAUUCGUUGACACCUGGGGUUGUUUACUACAUACAAUCAUCGUACCACAAAUUAAGAUUCAUUCUGACUUAUCUCAUAACUCUGUCGAUGACAGAAGUGGCUGAACUAUUGGCUUCUUUCAACAGAAUCGAAAACCUCUUUAAUGCUGAAGAGUUUCAACCAAGCCGUCAUUACAAACAAACCUACAUUAUGACUCGUAUCUUGAUGAGGAAUGCACAUGUCAAACUUGGAGAUCAGGAAAUUUUAAGGGAUCUAACUUUCAACUUGGAAAAUGGACUCAACAUCAUUGCAGGACCAGUCGGGUGUGGAAAGAGCACAUUAGUUAAGGCUCUUCUACACGAAUAUAAACUAUCAUCUGGCACUCUCUUCGUGAAUGGAGAAAUAUCGUAUGCUUCCCAACAACCGUGGCUAUUUCCUUCGACAGUACGUCAGAACAUCUUGUUCGGUUCGGAUUACAAUGAUGAACGUUACAAAAAGGUCCUCGAGGUCUGCGCGUUGAAGCUGGAUUUGAAACUGUUUCCUAAUAGCGACAUGACAGUGGUUGCCGAAUCUGGUUCCAACCUGAGCAAAGGACAGCAAGCUAGAGUGAACCUUGCGCGUGCAGUAUACAAAGAGAGCGACAUAUAUGUGCUCGAUGACUGUUUUUCUGCUUUAGAUGUCAACGUGCAGAACUUCAUAUUCAACAAUUGCAUCAAAGAUUUCCUUAAGAACAAACUGGUAGUGCUAGUCACUCACAAUACCUCGUUUUUGAACAAAGCCGACCACGUGACGAUUCUCAGCGACGGGAAGAUGGCGUAUUCCGGCAAGUUUGACGAUGUGGCCAUAAAGAACUACAUAAAUGAACUCAACAUCACGGAGAUUGUCGAAGAAAAAAUCGAGGCUGAAUCGAACGCUCAAAUAAACCUCGCCAACGGUUGCUCGAAGGUAGAUGAGAAGGGCAAAAAGAAAGUAGUGAAAACAGGAAAUAUUUAUAGUGAGGAUAUGAAGGUUGGUACUAUCGGUUUGGAAGUUUACAAGAGGUAUAUCGCUUAUGGCACAUGGGGUCUCUUCGUGUUCCUAAUAUUCUUACACAUUUCUGUUGAAGGUCUUUACGCAACCACCGAGAAAUUGAUCAGCAAAUGGGUUAACGAACAGAAAACCAAUGCAACAACAUUAUUACCAGAGGAAAAUCCCAAAGAUAGAGAGGCAGCCUUGGCAACAAUCAUGUUAUUAUCGUUACUCACAGGAGCUAGUGUCUUCGCUAAAUUCUUCAGGGCUAUUGUUCAUUUAAUAUUUUCCAUGAAAAUAUCCAGAAAUAUUCAUUCUGCCUUAGCUCAAGGAAUCGUUUAUGCGAGAGUGCAGUUUUUCGAUAGAAAUUUGAUCGGAAAUAUACUCAAUAGAUUUUCGAGGGAUCUUGGUCAUAUCGAUGAGUUUCUACCGCAUGUUGUGGGGGAAGUUAUAAAGAUGACAUUCAUGGUAGUUAGCACUGUGGGACUUGUGGUCACAGUGAACCUUAGGUUUCUAUACUACUCCAUUAUUCUCUUCGUAGUGAUGAUGAUGUCUGCUUCGUUUUUCAUGCCAUCAGCGAGAAGUAUAAGGAGACUAGAGGCUGUUUCUCGAAGUCCUAUGAUUGGCCAUUUGAACUCAACCAUAGAAGGCCUCAUUAGCGUUCGAGCAUUCAAGAAACAGGAAAUACUGAGGUCAGAAUUUGAUGAACAUCAGAAUUACCAUACAUCCGCUCAAUUCAUAGGAAUGGUAACUUGGAAAGUUCUACAACUAUAUUGUCAUGUGAUUUGUGCCUUAUACGUGGGGGCCAUUUUGGUGACCUUCAUGAUGUUCAAGUCAGAUUUUCAAGCUGGCGAUGUUGGUCUUUCUUUAUCAACAGCAGUUGGCCUAGGCCUCCAGCUACAAUGGGGUAUAAGAAACGUCAUCCAAUUAGAAAGCACCAUGACUUGCGUGGAAAGAGUCCUGGAAUACAUUGACGAACCUCAAGAAGAAAAGAAUGGAAAGAAGGUAGAAAACUGGCCGGAUAAAGGAUCAGUUUCAUUCGAGAAAGUCGAUCUUAGAUAUCCUUUGAAUUCCCAACCAGUCUUGAAGAAUAUCAAUCUACAUAUACAUCCCAAGGAGAAGGUGGGGAUAGUUGGAAGAACAGGUGCUGGAAAGUCCUCCAUAAUAGUGGCGCUCUUCCGUUUUUACGACGUGGAUGGUGAAAUCUCCAUCGACAGAGAAAACAUAGCCGAAGUAUCUCUGGACUCUCUCAGACAAGGAAUAUCCAUUAUACCACAAGAACCUGUCAUCUUCUCUGGUUCAAUCAGGUCUAAUAUAGACCCUACGGGUAAAUACACGGAUGAAGAGAUAUGGCAGUCUCUGGAAACUGUCAAUUUGAAGGGGAUAGUUUCUAAUUUGGACGCCGAGAUAGAUCCGAAGGUUUGUGGAUACAGCUUGGGUGAAAAACAGUUGAUAUCUAUCGCAAGAGCCGUCAUUCGGCAGAAUAAGAUCGUGGUUCUGGACGAAGCGACUGCGAACAUGGAUAAGGAAACGGAAAUAGAAAUAAACACGAAGAUCAAGGAGAUAUUCAAGAAUUGCACCCUUCUUAUUAUAGCCCAUAGGAUGGAAACAAUCUUAGACUGUGAUAAAGUGAUUGUGAUGGAUCAGGGUGAAGUGGUAGAGUUUGACAGCCCACUCGAUUUAGCUAGAAGAGAGGACAGUAGGUUUUAUGAAAUUAUCAGGAAAACAGGAGCUUUAAAUACGUAUCUGCAAAGAACAAGUUGAUUGAAGAAUGUGAUAGUUCAGGUUGAGUGCAGUUUGUUAUUGUCUCGAAUUGAAGGUGAUUCCAGAUGGAAAUUUCUCCUUUUUUUAGGGGAAUUUAUGAUGAAUUGGUUCCAACCCAAUAUGUAUAUAAUGUGAAUAGAUUUUAAUAUGAAAA